GCCGAGACUACGCAGAAGACGAGGUACUGCGGAGAGGAGCUGUGCGGGUUGCUCCACACAAAGAGCUGCGCUCACUAUGGCAGCGUCACCGCGGGAGCUAACGCAGAAUCCUUUGAAGAAGAUCUGGAUGCCUUGUAAAAACGGGCAUCCAGAGCGGCACAUCUCGCAAAGGAGGGUUUGCAUGACCAACUGCCCAACGCUGAUUGUGACAGUGGGACUUCCUGCAAGGGGAAAAACCUACAUCUCCAAAAAGUUAACACGUUACUUGAACUGGAUUGGAGUCCCAACAAAAGAAUUUAAUGUUGGCCAGUAUCGCCGCAGGUAUGUGAAGAUCUACAAAUCCUUUGAGUUUUUUAGUCCCGACAAUGAAGAGGGCUUGAAAAUAAGAAAGCAGUGCGCCUCUACAGCUUUGAACGAUGUGCAACAGUAUCUCUCAAGUGAAGGAGGACAAGUUGCUGUAUUUGAUGCUACAAAUACAACAAGAGAACGCAGAAAUGUUAUCAUUAAGUUUGCUGACCAAAAUGGAUACAAGGUGUUCUUUGUGGAGUCCAUCUGUGAAGAUCCAGAUGUGAUAAAUGCAAACAUUGUGCAAGUGAAGCUUGGCAGUCCGGACUAUGCUGACUGUAACACCGAUGAAGCAGUGGAAGACUUCAUGAAGAGGAUAAAAUGUUAUGAAAACUCCUAUGAGACUCUUGAUGAGGUCUUGGACAAAGAUCUCUCAUACAUCAAGGUGAUGGAUGUUGGGCAGCGCUACCUGGUAAACCGAGUCAUAGACCACAUCCAGAGCCGCAUAGUGUACUAUCUUAUGAACAUACACAUCACCCCACGCUCCAUCUACCUAUGCCGGCAUGGAGAAAGUGAUCUCAACAUCAAGGGGAAGAUUGGGGGAGAUUCUGGUCUCUCAGAACGUGGCAAAAAGUUUGCCAGGCAUUUGGGUGAUUUUAUCCAUGAGCAGAAUAUCAAAGAUUUAAAAGUGUGGACAAGUCAGAUGAAGAGAACGAUACAGACAGCAGAAGCCCUUGGGGUGCCAUACGAGCAGUGGAAGGCACUAAAUGAAAUUGACGCUGGUGUAUGUGAGGAAAUGAGUUAUGAAGAAAUUCAGGAGCACUACCCACUUGAGUUUGCCUUGCGGGAUCAGGACAAGUACAGAUACCGCUAUCCUAAAGGAGAGUCAUAUGAAGAUCUAGUUCAGCGACUGGAGCCAGUUAUCAUGGAGCUGGAGAGGCAAGAGAAUGUACUGGUCAUCUGCCACCAAGCCGUCAUGCGUUGCCUUUUGGCUUAUUUCCUGGAUAAAAGUGCAGAAGAACUGCCGUAUCUGAAGUGCCCCCUUCACACGGUCCUGAAGCUGACACCAGUGGCUUAUGGGUGCAAAGUGGAAUCCAUAUCACUGAAAGUAGAGGCUGUGAACACUCACAGAGAGCGUCCAGAGAACGUAGACAUUUCAAGAAACCCUGAGGAGGCUCUGCUAACCGUGCCAGCUCACCAGUGAAUGUCUUGGGACUCUCCUCUUGCUGCACCUUACAGAUUAACUUUACAGACUGCGACUUCCAUUAUUGUCUCUUGUUUCUGUUUUCUGUAUGGGCAGCUCUGGCAAAAAAAAAAAAAUCUUUAUUUGCUGGCCAGUGUACAGAUAAAUUAGUGCACUUUUGUGCCAGGGCAGUGGUCAGUCCCUGGCAGAUGAGUUUGUGCAUUAUGAAUAAUAACGGAGGGUCAGCAACCUAGAAAUAUGGACGUCAAAUUCAAACACUUGAAGUACAGCAAAUUUAUAAAUAAACCGGUGGAAGUCCAUAACCAGCAGAGGUAGAAGAUGAAGGGUGCCAAAAUGUAAAUGAAAAGACCAAUGUAUUGCACAUAAAUUAUUUUUUAAAAAUUCUGACAUAGUAGGUGCAAAGCAGAUAUUUAUUUUAAUUAAGCGUUGCAGAUACAAUUCAAAUACGGCAAAAGGUGUAACAUAUAGCAAAUGAAAAUUAGAAAUGUCAUCAAGGGUGGUAAUGAUUUAAUACAAACACAAAUAGGAAUGACAAUAUUAAAUUAGAAAAUAAGCUUGGUAAAUCAGCAAUACUUCAAAGGAAAGGUGCCCAGAUGUUUGCCAGCUAAGGUAGUGUUUCGUAUUGAUUAGUGAGCUAAAAGGAAAAAAAAAAACGUUAUAAAAAGUUAAUGACAUAUUAGCAAAUUGCUUUUUAAAAAAACGUCAAUCCAACUUAAAAAUUUUUUUUUUUUAAUUACAAUUUUAAAAAAUUGCCAAAGAAAAACUAAAUGCUGAAAGAGAAGACUGUUAGUGGUUACUUGUAUAUCCAUUUUAUAAAUAAUCUUUUAUUUCGUUCAGAAAGGAGUUCACAGUCCAGGGGAGGAGGGAGCACAGCAAAACAAAGCUUUUUAAAAACACUACACAUUUUUUUAAAGUUGGACAAAAAAAAAAAACCGAACACUCCUGGCAAUGAUGGAGAGUUGACCUUCGGUGGUUCAGUCGAGGAGCUGCUUGCCACAAUGAGACACGGGGUGCGUGAUCAUCCAGUCAGCUAGACCAGUGCUCUGCUCGGGCCACCAACUGGCACAUUCAGACCGCAGUCAGAGUUUAAUGCGGCUACAAGUGCUGCGGAUUUAUUUCUUCAUCUGAUGCUGCCUUGUUAGGUAAGGAGGCCUAAAAGUGGUGCGAAUGGGGCUUCUGGCUCGGUUGCGUGGGUGGCACCCCAGAACACUUUUGGCGUUAGACUUUUAUCACUCCUGACUCUCCUAUCUAUGCUAAUCCAUGAAUGCUGUGCCCACUGGCCAUUUUGGUACUGCUAUGUAAAUUUCCUGGUCAUCGUGGAUUCAAAUUGCACUAGCGCCAUUUAAAAAUGUACCUUUUAUAAUUAAAUCUAAACUGAGCCAGCACUCCCUGGCUCAUCCGCCCUGCACACUGCUUAAAAUUUUUUUAAAUGAUUAUUUUAAUAUAUUCCAGUCAUGUCUUUUUUGCAAACCCUAAUGUUUAGCCCUGAUAACAGUAUGACAGUGUUGUUUUUUCAAGCUGCACCUCCAAUCUGACCACUCUGUAUUUCAGACACCGCAUGACUGCCUAUUCUCAUGCGCCUCAACACCCAUUUUAUUCUAUUUUAUUUUAUUUGUUCUUUAUUAUUUUAUUAUUAUAGAGCUUUUAAUGGUGUCGUUAGUCACAAAGCACUUUAAUUCUCAGGUUGCAGUAAAACUGCUCACUGCACUCGCGUCCCCAUCUCUUGUGAUUGCUUUCAUCGUUUGUCCCUGGGAAGUCGUAUAAGCUUGAGGAGUUAAUUGAAGUCUGACUCCUCACCUCUCGUUCAGCGCCACCCAGACAUUAUUUUCUGUUGUUACUUACCCCAAAUACGUUGUAGUGUUGGCUGUGUUUUUAACCAGAACAGAGAGAAAGCAAGUUUACAAUAUAAACCAUCAGUGAUCAAAGCUGUGUAACGGCAAAUGGUGAAAAACAUCCAUGCCAAAAAAAAAAAAUGAUAUCACCUUAAUCAUGUCUCAUAAUUCAAAUUGCAGUUGUAUGCUCAAAUUUCUCCAAACACGUGCAUUUUUUGUUCAAAUAUUGUUUAGUAGAUACUUCCAGAAAAAUCGGCACACAUCAUACCACAAGGGCUGCCUUCUCAAUUUGAAGGUCUACCGCUCCUUCUUGGUCAAGAGUCCUGUGUGUGAUGUACGCCGAUUUGUAUGGAGGUAUCUAUUUAACAAUAUUUCAGCAAAAAAAGCAUGCUUUUAGCACAUUUUGAGCUUAUAAAUAGCAAAUUGGCACGCGGGUUGUGCAGUAUGAUUUUCUUUCUCCCGUGGACAUUUUUCAAAUUGGUUGCUGCUCCACAGCACUAUUGGUUUGUAUUAUAUGAAAAAUAAAAAAAAAAUAUAUCGAUUCUGCAUGAAAACCCGUGAUUAAAAAUUGUUUUUGGCUAUCACUAAAAUGUUCAUGGGGUAAGUAAAUCUUGUUUUUUGGGAUGGAGUAUUCCUUAAAAUGCCUUUAAAAGGUCUUGUGGUGGUGUGCACCAUUGCAGUCCCGGUUUGCACCAUCUUUCAUGUUGUCUGAGCCAACUCCCUAGCUAGAAGUUAAAAUGGCUGGGGGAGGCAGUUUUGCAAAAUAUUAUAAGUCCUGAUAUCUUAACUGGAACAUGAGUCAGUUUUUUUGAAUUUAGGUGCUAAGAUGCAAACAAUGAUACUGUGAAAACGCACAAGGUCUUGGUGAAAUUCAGCUGUGAACUAACUAACCUUUUGGAAAAUGUACAAGUUUAUGUAGAAAACAAUGUAUAUACUGAGUGGUCUGACUUGACUGUCUUCUUAAUAAACCAAUUCUAACAU